AAUUUGUAAUUUUGUAUUACUCAUAAUAAAAGUUUAAUUAUUCUAAAUUAUUAAUAUUUGUAAGUAAACCUUUAUAGUUGGGUUGGUUGGGCUUUUAUCAGUUCGUUAAAUCACUUUUCUAUUCGGAAUGGAAGCUGCUACUUUAAAGAAGAAAUCAACAGGUCUUAGCAAAGGGAAAUUAAAAAAGACUAUUAAAAAUGUGUUAUGCCGUCCGGAUUCUAUAAAUUGGCCAGUUGUAUCAGAAGAAAACGCCAGAGAUUUAAGUAUGUCUUUAAAGAAUUAUAAAGUGGAGAUUCCGGAAUUUAAGAAGUUGAAAUGGGACGUACUAAAGAAUAUACCUAAAGAAGAAAGGCCAAAGCCACCACCAAUUAAAAAACCAGAUGGUCUGCUAUUUGGAUUAAGACAUUGCUCUGGAGCUAUUGAAAGCAAAGAUUGCUCUGCAUUAAUGGUUGAUUCAGAAGUUAAUCCAAAAUCUAUUGUUCAACCCAUAAUAGAAGCCUGCAUAACAGCUGAAGUGCCUGUUAUUUGCCUUAAAAAUUUAAAGGAAUUAUCUCUAAGCAACUUUGGUGUAAAAACCGCCUGCCUGGGUGUUAAACAGGGUCAUCUAGAAGGAAUCACAGAAAAGAUUAGAGAAUUAGCAAAAAUGUGUCCUCCAAUGAAACCACAAUCAAUUCAAAAUGAAGAAGUGACUGUCAAAAUUGAACAAAAUAUUAAAAUGUCAGAUACUAUUGACAAUACUGAAAUAAAAAAUUACCUGCUAAAACGAAUAUCUCAGAAAACUAGAGUCUUUGUACCUCCAUCAGAUAUUGUGACCAAAGAAGUCAAGAAGAAAUUCAUUGGACAAGAUUUUAUAAAAUUAUCUGGAAACUCUCACAAAGAAAAAACCAAUGAAGAAAGGAAUGCUAAAUAUGGUUAUAAGAAUAUGAAGCUAAAAAGAAUUAUGAAUAAUCCAAAUAGGGUGCAAAUGGGGAAAAAAAGGAAAACUAUAAAUACCAAAUAA